CGCCUCGGGGGCGCGCACGCGCCUGAGCGCGCGCUCGGUGGGGCGGGCGGGACUCGCCGUUCUCACGCCCUUGGGCCGCUCCCGGGCGCUGGCUUUAUAUUCCGCUUCCGACGCGCGCUGGGUCGGUGGAGCGGAGCCGGUGAAUGUGCGGCAAUAACAUGUCUGCCUCGCUUCCCGCCGCCCGGAAGGCCACCGCUGCGGUGAGUGGCGGCGGCCGGAGCUCGGAGGGUCCCGCUCGGCCCGCUGUCGGUGGCCGCCCCUCUGCCCCGGUGACUUCGCCAGCGGGUCGGCGACCCGUGCGUGGGGACGCUCCGCCCUGACGGGGUGAUUUUCCUUCAUGGAUUGGGAGAUACAGGGCAUGGAUGGGAAGAAGCCUUUGCACGUAUCAGAAGAUCACAUAUCAAAUAUAUCUGCCCGCAUGCACCAGUUAUGCCUGUGACAUUAAAUAUGAACAUGGCCAUGACUUCUUGGUUUGAUAUUAUUGGACUUUCACCAGAUUCACAGGAGGAUGAACCUGGAAUUAAACAUGCAGCAGAAUAUGUAAAAACUUUGAUAGACCAAGAGGUGAAGAAUGGCAUUCCUUCAGACAGAAUUAUUUUGGGAGGAUUUUCUCAGGGAGGAGCUUUAUCUUUAUACACUGCUCUGACCUCACAGCAGAAACUGGCAGGUGUCACUGCACUCAGUUGCUGGCUUCCACUUCGGUCUUCAUUUCCACAGGGUCCUAUCAGUGGUGUUAAUAGAGAUAUUCCUAUUCUUCAGUGCCAUGGAGAUGCUGAUCCUUUAGUUCCUCUAAUGUUUGGUUCUCUUACUGCUGAAAAGCUAAAAACAUUGGUAAAUCCAGCCAAUGUAACCUUCAAAGUCUAUGAAGGCAUGAUGCAUAGUUCAUGUCCACAGGAAAUGCUGGAUAUCAGGCAAUUCAUCGAUAAAAUCCUACCUCCAGUUGAUUGACAUCACUAAGGCGCCUUGUGUAGAAGUACACACCAGCAUCAUUGUAGUAGAGUAUAAACCUCUUCCUGUGCCGGAUCUUGAAAGUUAUAAUGUUUGCAAUGUUAAAAUCUUUUGCAAUUACACACCAAUGACACAGUCUAAAUAAUAUCUCCUUGUGGAAAAUUUAUGAUCUUUAAAGUUUCAAUACAUGAAUUUGUAUAACAUGAUCCAGAACAUACUAGCAUUAGCAUAAGUGAAGCAGCUAGCUUCUUUCUCCCCAAAUGUAAUUCGGCAAAAUAAUAAAAUACUACAUCCAGA